UGACUUUCCAUUGGCUGGCUUUGUGAACUCGUCACUUCCGCCGGGAUUUACGAUUUGGCGCGGAAAACUGCUGUUUUCGGGGAAAGUGUCUGUGUGGCUGUGGGACAGAGUGAUUUUAUGGAUCCAGUUUGCGAUGCCGACAAGGACGUGGACGUCCCGGAUGGCGACGGAGGCCUCGCCACAUCGCGCUCUCGGCGGGAGAAGAAGGAGAAGGUGGGCAGGAAGGCGGCACUGGAGAUGGUGAGGAAAGCAAAGCGUGGCGAGAAGCUCAAGUACGAGGUGGAAGAGCUGAGCAGUGUCUAUGACAUGGUGGAUGAGGACCAGUACUCCCGCAUGGUACAGGAGCGCCAAGAGGAAGACUGGAUCAUCGAUGACGAUGGCACUGGCUAUGUGGAGGAUGGCAGGGAAAUCUUUGACGAAGACCUAGAAGAUGAUGCACUGGGGGACAGAUAUAAAGGUAAAGCUGGUGCUAAGGAUUCAGCCUCCAAGGGUAAGAAGGUGCUGAAGAAAGCUGCUGUGGCCAAACCCAACAGCAUCAAGAGCAUGUUCAUGGCCAGCAGCAUGAAGAAACCUGCUGAGAAAGACGUUGACCUGUCUGGCGAUGCCCUUCUCGGAGACAUCCUGCAGGACCUCCUCUCUGAGAAACCGGCUGUCCUGACUCCGCCCCCGGUCGUCACUCUGAGGAAGAAGCGGGCUAUGGGAGCUCCUAUGAAUCAGUUUGCCAUCAAACCACAGACACCCAAGGAAACUCCUCCCCCUCCUCCUGCGGGGUCAAAGGUCAGGUCUGUUUCCAGGGUGGCGCCAUUACCCUCUUCUACAGCCCGGGUCCUGGCAACCCAUGCCAAGGAGGCAAAGGUGGAGGAACUGGCAGCAGAGGAGCAUGAGCACGAUGCUGCCCUGCAGUUUGAUGAGGGUGACUUCGACGAGCCCAUGGAGGUUGAAGCCAUGGAAGAAAAAGAGGAGGAGGAGAAGGUGGUGAAGGCCAAGAUGGAACCCAGUGUCAAAACAGAACCCAAAUGUGAAUUUCAGGACCCUGGGCUGCACUCUUUAGGCACCUCCUGCUGGGAGGAUGUGAAAGAGGAGGAGCCUAAUGUGGAGGUGCAGCUGGACUCGAGUCGGCUCCCUGUGGUAGAAGGCUCAGACGGUGAGGCUGUGUUCCGCUUUUUCUGGUUGGACGCCUUUGAGGACCACUACACCCAGCCUGGUGUGGUCUACCUUUUUGGCAAGGUAUGGAUCGAAUCCGCAAAGGCACACGUCAGCUGCUGUGUGGUUGUGAGGAACAUCGAGAGGGUCAUGUUCCUGCUGCCCCGAGAACACAAAAUGGAUGUAAAGACAGGAAAGGAGACGGAGGUGGCUGUCGGCAUAUCGGACGUGUACCAGGAGUUCAGUGAGCUCACUGAAAAGCUCAGGAUCAUGAAGUUCAAAUCGAGGAAAGUACUAAAGAACUAUGCCUUUGAGGUGCCUGAUGUCCCCACCCAGUCUGAGUACCUGGAAGUGCGGUAUUCUGCAGAGAUUCCCCCACUGCCCUCCGACCUGAAGGGGGAGACAUUCUCUCAUGUAUUCGGGACCAACACCUCCAGCCUAGAGUAUCUCCUCCUCAGCAGGAAGAUCCGUGGGCCGUGCUGGCUCGACGUCAAGACUCCCCAGCUGAGCACCCAUCCAGUGAGCUGGUGCCGGGUAGAGGCUGUGGCCCAGCAGAGCUCCUUCCUGGCAGUGGUGAGAGACCUGCCCCCCCCACCCCUGGUAGUCAUGUCCAUCAGCAUGAAGACCGUGGAGAACAAGGCACAUCAGAAUGAGAUUGUGUGUCUUGCUGCUCUCACCCAUCACAAGUUUCCCUUGGACAAAGCGCCCCCACGCCCCCCCUUCCAGACACACUUCUGCGCGGUCAGCAAGCCGUCCAACUGCAUCUUUCCCUUCGAUUUCCAGGAGGCUGUCCGGAAGAAGAAAGGCAAGGUGGAGAUUGCGCCGACCGAGAGGACACUGCUGGCCUACUUCCUGGCUAUGAUGUGUAAGAUUGACCCCGAUGUCAUUGUGGGCCAUGACAUCUACGGCUUCGAUCUGGAGGUGCUUCUGAAGAGGAUGGGUGACUGCAAGGUGCCCCAGUGGUCCAGGAUCGGCCGGCUGCGCCGCACCAACAUGCCCAAGCUGGGGGGCCGUGGCGGCUUUGCGGAGAAGAGCGCCACCUGUGGCCGCAUGGUGUGUGACGUGCAGAUCUCCGCCAAGGAGCUGAUCCGCUGCCGGAGUUACCGCCUGUCGGAGCUGGUGGCCCAGGUCCUGAAGGCCGAGAGGGUCGACAUCCCCUCAGAGGAGCUCAGAGAUUUCUACAGUGACUCGCCUCGCUUGCUCUACCUGCUGGAGGCCACCUGGAUGGACGCCCAGUUCAUACUGCAGAUCAUGUGCGAGCUGAACGUGCUGCCGUUGGCCCUGCAGAUCACCAACAUCGCUGGCAACGUCAUGUCUCGCACGCUGAUGGGCGGCCGCGCAGAGAGGAACGAAUACCUGUUGCUGCAUGCCUUCUACGAGAAGGACUACAUCGUACCCGACAAGCCCGUCUUCAAGAAGCCACCAGUGGAUCCGACGGACGAGGAAGAGGAUUCGGAUCGGGUUAAGGGGAAGUCCCGGAAUGCACGCAGAAAGGCCGCCUACGCUGGGGGGCUGGUGCUGGACCCCAAAGUGGGCUUCUACGACAAGUUCAUCCUGCUCUUGGACUUCAACAGCCUGUACCCGUCUAUCAUCCAAGAGUUUAACAUCUGCUUCACCACUGUGGCACGAUCAGCCGAGGGCGGGUCCCGCAAAGCCGAGGAGGACGAGCAGGACGAGAUCCCCGAGCUGCCCGAUCCAGACCUGGAGAUGGGGGUCUUGCCCCAGGAGAUCCGCAAGCUGGUGGAGCGGCGGAGGCAGGUGAAGCAGCUGAUGAAGCAGCCGGACCUGCACCCGGACCUCUGCUUGCAGUACGACAUCCGGCAGAAGGCCCUGAAGCUGACAGCCAACAGCAUGUACGGCUGCCUGGGAUUCUCAUACAGCCGCUUCUACGCCAAGCCGCUCGCUGCCCUGGUCACGCACAAGGGGAGAGAGAUCUUGAUGCACACUAAGGACCUGGUGCAGAAGAUGAACCUGGAAGUUAUCUACGGUGACACAGACUCCAUCAUGAUCAACACCAACAACACCAACCUGGAUGAGGUCCUUAAAUUGGGAAACAAGGUGAAGAGCGAGGUCAACCGGCUCUACAAGCUGCUGGAGCUCGACAUCGAUGGCAUCUUCAAGUCCCUCCUGCUGCUGAAAAAGAAGAAGUAUGCAGCGCUGUUAGUGGACCUGGCCCCUGGGGGGCGCUACACCACCCGGCAGGAGCUCAAGGGGCUCGACAUUGUGCGCAGGGACUGGUGCGACCUCGCCAAGGAGUGUGGCAACUAUGUGAUCGGGCAGAUCCUAUCAGACCAGAACCGGGACACCAUCGUGGAGAACAUCCAGAAGCAUCUCAUAGAGGUUGGGGAGAAGGUGGUGAGUGGGGACGUUCCCCUCUCACAGUUCGAGAUCCACAAGGCCCUGAACAAGGACCCCCAGGACUAUCCGGAUAAGAAGACUUUGCCCCACGUCCACGUCGCCCUCUGGAUCAACUCUCAGGCGGGACGCAAGGUUAAAGCAGGGGACACCGUGUCCUACGUCAUCUGCCAGGACGGCUCAAAUCUGGGUCCCAGCCAGCGGGCGUACUCCCUCGAGCAGCUGCAGAAGCAGCCAGGCCUGAGCUUAGAUACACAGUACUACCUGUCCCAGCAGGUGCACCCCGUGGUGGGACGUAUCUGCGAGCCCAUCGUGGGCAUCGACACCGUACUCAUCGCUACCUGGCUGGGCCUGGACCCCUCCCUCUUCCGUGCCCACCAGCAGCAGCGUCGCGAGGAGGAGGCGGACGCCCUGCUGGGGGGCCUCCAGCUUACUGACGAUGAACGCUAUAAGGACUGUGAGCGCUUCCACCUGCCCUGCCCGCAAUGCGGCGUGGACAACAUCUACGACAGUGCUUUCGAGGGGGCGGGUCCGACUCUGCAGCCCAGCUUCCUGAAUUGCUGUCAGGUGGAGUGUCCGGGCCAGCCCAUCAUGCACCCGGUCCAGAUCCAGAACAAGCUGCAGCUUGACAUCCGGCGCCACAUACGCAGGUUCUACACUGCCUGGCACGUGUGUGAGGACCUGACCUGUCAGAACCGGACCCGCCGGGCACCAACUGAGUUCUUCCGCUCGGGCCCCAUGUGCCCUGCCUGUGAGAGGUCCACCUUGAAACCUGAGUACUCUGAGAAGGCCCUGUACACUCAGCUCUGCUUCUACAGCUUCAUCUUUGACUGGGACCAUGGCGUCCAGAAAAUGCAGGCCAAGUUCGAUAAGGAUCAAGCGAAAAAAUGGUCGAAUGCUGCGACCACCUACAAGCAGCUGAAGCAGGUGCCCGAUCAGGCCCUGGUCAACAGCAGCUACUCCGAGGUCAACCUCGGCAAGCUCUUUGGGGGCCUGUGUCCCACCUCCUAGCCAGUGCCCCUCAAAUCAGGGCCGGCCCACUUACUUGACAGCUGGCCCGUCCACUCAGUGAAGAGGAAACAGAAGGUAUUGGGCUCCGCCCUGGGCUGCUCAUCCACAACCAUUGGAAUGGAAUUUUUUUAUGGGGAGGGGACUUAGCGUUCACAAGUAAAUUGGACCAACAGAAUGUGAAUUUGUGCAGCGCAUGUGCUGAUUGGAGGGAUGGGUCUGUAAAGUUUACCUUGCAUGUGAAAUAAAGUUUUGUAUGUUUUAAGCUGCA